CGCUGUUUACAAGUACGUUAAGCAAUUGUGUAAGGCAUAUGGGUUAAAGACUAUAUAAUAAAACAUAAACAAACAAAAAGAGUCGAGCUAAAAGGACUUAAAAACAAAAUUAAAUUGUGCAAAAGGUUUUUUAUAAUUGCAAAUUAAAAACCUUUAUAAAAUGUUGGAGCUUGUAUGCAGGAUCUGCCCUGUCAGAUUGCCAUGGAAGAGUUGUAUGUCCUUAGCCAUUCAUCCGAUACAGAGACGCCGCCUCGUAACAGACACUGCCGGAAAAAGUAAGGCCCACGACAAUGAGGGAUUUACAGAGUGGCGGAUUCUAUAUAGAUUACCGGCCAUAAGAGUCGUGGCCGCAAUGAGCAAGCUUAAGAUCUACCAAGCGGUGCUCACGGUUGCCGGAACACCAAUAGUAUUUGGCCUUGGAAGCUCCGGACAAAUUAGUACAGAUGCACUGGCUAUUUACGGCGCCGUGGGAAUCUCUGGUCUGGUCACCCUCACACUCGCCAGUUACUUUGCCUCCAAUCUCGUCGGCCUCGUCUAUGUAAACGAGGAGCAGAAUCUGAUAAAGCUGGCCUACGUGGACUUCUGGGGACGUCGAAAGGAGGCCCUCGUAGACACCGGGGAUUUGCUGCCCAGCUGGGAGCAGGGUAGCCCAUCCCGACUGAGAUUCAUUUCACCCAUAUGCCUGCGCAGCGACCCUAAAAAGCGAUACAAACUGCUAAAUCGUUUUGGCCAAGUUAGUGACCCGCAACUGUUUGAGGGUCUUUUUGGAGAUUGAUAUAUACAAUAGUUUUAUAAAGUUCUUCUGCCAGAGAAAUCUAUUUGAUAAUAUCUGAAUUAAAAGGCAAUUGUAUAUUGUA